UUGUUGGUUUCUACCAUUGGUUCGUGACUGCGGAGAGAGAGAGCAGCUCAAUGCGAAAGAAUAAGAAACCAAUUGAAGUGCUAGCACUGCACACACAUGCAUGUGUAUGAGACGAGACCAACAACACCUCCAUUGCCUCUACCAUAAUCAGAAUCAGUCAACAUCUCUCGAAAGAUAUGAGAAAAGGAUGGGAAAAGAAAUAAAAUUAACAGCAACAGCAACAACAACACAUUUGCUUGCUACAUGAUUGCGGCUGGAGAGAGUGUCGGCAAAAAACUCGAAAAUCAACUUGUCUAGUUAGUAAACUUCAAUCUAGUUUCGAACAGUUGACUGCGAAACGUUGAGUGAAAAGGUUUGGUUAGCGUUUUGUUAGUGUAAGUUGUGUUGUGCCGUGCAUUUUGGCCAACAAAAAGAGUAGAAGACAUACUUGCUUACUCGUAAAUACAUAUGAAUAUUAAAACUAAAUGUUAACAAGGAAACAAGUAAAAAUUAACAAAUAAAUAAAUAUAAUACCACAAGCACAUAAAGCUAAAUAUAAAGUGAAAUAGUGAAGUUGUUGUAGAUUGGAAUUUAUACAAAUAAGUACACAUGCGCCUACAUGCUUGCAAAUAAAAGUACUUAACUCGCUAGCAGUGCAAUUUUGUUGUGUCGUGGCAGUAACAACAACAAUAAAUAAACGAAGCGGCUAAUCAUCAUCAGCGAGAAUCUAAAGGAGAAGCGUCGUCGUUUUGGUUACUGACUACAGCGGCGCAGCGCUAACUAACUGAUUUGCGAUUUGAUUGAUUUCAAUUUUGUACACGCUGUCGGCUGUGCGCUGUCAGUUCUCAGCUAACUGCAAACGAGUUUAGAUGUUGACGGAUGGAAAUUAGUUGCCGCGCAUGCAUACAUAUUUAGUUGCAACGUUGCAAGUAAAAUAUAUAUUAGAAAAAAAGAAAUAGAAAUUAAAGGCAAACAAUAAAUAAUAAAAUAAUAUAAAAACAAUAAGUAUAAGAGUGAUUAAAUUAGUUUCCAAUAAUUAUAAAAGUGCAACAAAACAAUUCGCAAACGUUUCGUUCAAGUGAAAAUACCUUAAACAAGUAUACAAAAAAGAAAAAGAAGAAACAAUUGAAAACAUUUUAAAGCCCGCCGGUGCAGAUAAACGCCGCCAGAACACUAUUUAAUAACACAUACGCUUACGCAGAACAUGCUUUGUCCGCUCACCAUGCGUCCCGCAAGCCCUGCUGAAUCAGAAAUCUCCGUCGGUGGCGCACCCAGCCCACUGCCACACCAUCAACAACAACAACAACACCAUCAAUUCUCGCACCAGCAUCCAUCGCUUUCACAUCCGUCGCAACAUCGCAACACAAUCGAUUUGUUGCAACAUCAGCAAAUCUUGAUGCAACAACAUGCGGCCGCUGCUGCGGCUGCGGCUGCUGCUGGUUUAGCGCGAACCGGCGGCGCCGAAGAGUAUUUCCAGCCCCUCAAACGCUUACGUAUGUCCAGUGAAAUGGAAGAAACUACGUCUGGGAAUCGUACACCCAGUCCAGCAUCGACGCAAGGCGCUACAUUACCAACAACACCGGCUUCCGCGACAACCACUGUGACCACAAAUGUUGCUGCAACUGCCACAAACGUGAAGGCAAAUAUUGAAGGUGUUAAAAGCUUUUCGAUUGCAGAUAUUUUGGGUCAUGAAAAGCGUGCCACAUCCAAAACGCCAACACCGCCACCGUCGUCGCAACAAUCUGCACAUACACCCUCAACACCUACGCGACCGCCGUUAAGUGCCAGCAGUUUGUUACAACCACGUGCCGAACCUCUGGAUAUGGUGAGUGCUGCUGCGGCGGCGGCCGCCGGUAUGCCGCAUCCAAUGCUACUGCCGGGCGCACAAAUCGUACGACCAUGGGACCAUCUCCUGGGUCCAAUGCCGGUGAGACCGUUCAUUCCAUCAGCGUUGCUGCAUUAUGAACAGCGCUUGGCGUUGGAUUAUCAUCGGCAAUUGCAAGAACAUUUUAAUGCUCAAGCGCAACUCCUCCGUCAUAUGGGAAUGGACAUAAUACCGUCAGAGAGUGGAUCGGAACGUUCGAGUUCAGCGGCUAGUGAUUGUUGUUCGCCGGAAAUCGCUCGAUCUUCUGGUGAACCAUCUGCGGGUGCAUCAGCAGCCGGUGUUGGUGGCAGUGAACGCGAUAGGGAGCGUGAUCGUACACAUACCUCAACUUCGGUGAAUAACAACGGUGGGAGUAAUAUGAGUGGUGGUGGUGGUGCGGGUGCAGGUUCCAAUAGCGACAGUGCAGCGUCAAAUGGCUCGAAUGCGAAGUCAAAACCGAAUGGCACGCCAUUGGAUGCUUUAUUUCAGAUGACAACAAAGGACUUUGAUGAGUCACAAGAUAAAUCCCACUUGGAUAUCUUCUCGAACCGCCCACAACCGAAGAAAAAGCGCAAGUCACGCACCGCCUUCACCAAUCAUCAAAUAUUCGAAUUGGAAAAACGUUUUCUCUAUCAAAAGUACCUGUCACCAGCCGAUCGUGAUGAGAUCGCCGCCGCCUUGGGUCUCUCAAACGCACAAGUGAUAACCUGGUUCCAAAAUCGUCGGGCAAAGCAGAAGCGUGAUAUUGAAGAGUUGAAAAAGGAUUUCGAUAGCGUCAAAGUAUUCUCAGCGCAUAAAUCCUUUCUGGAAAAUGUAAAUGAUCUCAGCAUAUUGAAGAAGAAACCCAUGCAUGAGGCCGAUGCAAUGGUGGGUCUUGCAGCGGCUGCAGCGGCUGGUAUGGUGCCUGUGUCGUCGGCGGCCGCGGCGGCUGUUGCUGCACAUGCUGCAUUAAAUAAUCAAAAAUGAUAAAUUAAUGGGCGCAUAAUCGCGCCUUAAAUAAAUUUUUAUACAUACACAAACAACAAUCAAGCAACAAAAGAGGAAGAGGUACAAAAAAACUGCUAAAGAAACUAUGGAGGAACUUUAAAUUUAAUGUGGGUGCUGCUAAAGAGAAAGAAAGUUGUGUUGGAGAGUGUGAUAGUGAUGAAAACGGAUGAUGCUCGUGUAAGGAAAGUGAUAAAAUUAUGCCUUAGUGUUAGCAAUCGUUGACGAACCAGACUAACCAGCCUGAAAACCGGCUAGCACUAGCAAUGCACUUCAUCGCCAACGGAUUUAGAGUGAACUGACCAGUAAGAACCGACUCUACUACACAUUGAAAGGGCUGUAAUGCAGAAUUCAUAUCCUAUCACUAUUUGCACUCUUUACCGGCAGCAUUUAAUCCACACAAUUUAGACGACUUCUAUACGAAAAAUGUUGAACGUUGCGUCUGCAAUGCACCAAAGCUCUCCGCAGCGUUCCAGUUCAUGGCGGAAGGCAGCAAAAGUCUGAACCGGUAGUCCCACGGUCGGCACACAUCGAGAGCUAUGAAUGGUUCACAGCCUGGCUUGAAUGUUGAUAACACAAGGCUGACGGGAAAUUCAUUUGAAACACAAAAGAGCGAAUCGAAAAUCUCAAACGCAAAUUAAACAAAGCUUUUAAGUGAAAAAAAAAUUAUGACAAUUUAAGUAUGAAGAAAAAAGUAUUAAGCAAA